UCCUCUCAUCAACCUUUGUAUUUCUCCCAAGGCAGCGGGAAGUGAAAAAGUUGCAGAGAUUGCCAAGGUUUUACGGUGGGGAAACAAUGGACACCUCUAAAGAAGAUGGUCUUAAUUUAAUCAAACGUGCUUCUCGAGCUACUCGAGGGAAACGGAUGACGAAGUUGCUUGAUGAAGAACUUGAAGAGGAUGAAUUGUUUUGGAACCAGGAUGCUCUUAAAGAGGAAGAAGAUGACAUAAAUUAUAAAGAAGAAGGAGAGGAUGAUGCUGAUGUGUUUGAUAGUGAUUUUGACGAAGAUGAACCUGAGCCAGAUGAGGAGGGAGUCAAUGAUGCAGAUGUAAGGGAGAAACCAAAGAAGAAAUUGCUUCCUCCUGGAGGGAAAACAUUGGCGAAGAGAAUGAACUUAUUUCCUGGGAAAACUUUGAGGAAGAAAACAACCAAGAAGAAGUCCCUCUCACAAUUGGAAAAAUCUACAGACGAUGAAGAUGAAGACUCUCCUCGGGAGCAGCAGACCAGCCCACCUGAACAUCAUGAUGUCCAUGAUGAUAUAGAAGGUGGUGAGAGAACAGUUAGGAAGUCUACGAGAACUUCAGUCGUUGUAAGACAAGCUGAAAGAGAAGCAAUACGAGCAGCAAUGCAAGCGACAACAAAGCCGAUUAAAAGGAAGAAAGAAGGUGAAGAAAAGCGAAUGACCCAAGAAGAGAUGCUUCUAGAAGCAGCCCAAACUGAAAUCAUGAACUUGAGGAACUUGGAGCGCGUUUUAGCCAGGGAGGAAGAAGUUAAGAAAAGAGCAGUCGUGCAUAAAUCAGUUUUUAGUGGUCCCCAAACACGAUAUUUUUCCCGAGAUGGUCAGUCAUUUAUAGAAUUUAAUAAUGGGAUUUCCUUUCAAUGCGAGAUAUGUGCAACAGCUCCCUCAUAUCCUCAGAAGGCUGUAUGCGCAGUUACUGGGUUUCCUGCUAAGUACCGUGACCCAAAGACGGGGUUACCUUAUGCUACGAAAGAAGCUUUCAAAAUUAUUCGGGAAAGAUUUUUGAAGGAAAACACUAGAGAAAAUGAGAAGAAAGGAAUGGAUAUCCUGCUUGAUUCAAUCUCAGGUCAGGGUUUUUCGGGUAAGAGGAAGAGAUCGGAAGUUUUAAAUAGAGGAGAAACAUCAUAUUUACGAUAUUGGGCACGAUUUCAUCAUAUUCCAGCUCUUGAAAACCAAGUUCUUGAGUAGCGCUACAAGUGUUGUCAACAGGCACAACAAGCACCAAGAUUCCAAACUGGAAACACCCAACACCUCCAUUUAUGGCCUUACGGAAUCCACAGUGUUCAUAUUGUAAGGUAACCCAGUUGAAAGUGAAGCUGUAGGUCAAAUCUAAGUGAGGAAAUGAACAAGCCGCUCUGCCAUUGCUGCCAAAAAUUGCCAUUGAGGACCAAGAUUUGGUUUGGAGUCGGAGGCACACACCCAUUUUUGUUAAGUGAAGGUGUAAAAGGCACCUGCUACUGAAAUCAAAAUCUGCGAAACACAAUAUCUACGAUAUGCUACUAUGUCUCAUUCAUCCCUGUUUCCAUUUCUUCUCAUUAUGUGGCAACUGACCUAAAUGGGUUGCGAACAUUGUGUACAUAUUUCUCUCCAAAAGAAAAGGAAUGUUGCAAUUUUAAAUUA